AUGGCAACACAGUUAAAUAGUGAUACGGUGACAGACUCGUUUCCGAAAAGUGGGGAACAGCAAUCGCGGUCAGACAGCGGGCUUGGUGAAAGGAUGAACGCGGCAAGAAACAAAGGAUGGAAAGAAUUAGAUAUAUCCUAUUUCAAGGAGGUGGAGGAUGUGGGGAACCUCUGUGAAGUGGCAGGUUUGUUCUUGGAGGACCUAAACUUUAGCUGGUGCACGAACAUCCGCACAACUGGGUUGGAAAAAAUAUGCACAGUUGAGUGCUUUCCGAGUCUGCAAAGGCUGUAUCUGAACGGCACAGGGACAAAUGACAGAUGCAUCGACAAACUCAGCCGUGGGAAUCUAAGAGUUUUGGAGUGCGGGUAUUGCAGAAACAUUACGGACGUUAGGCCCCUUGAAAGGAAUGAAACGCUGGAAGUACUUUCGCUUCGAGGGUGCCAGAACAUCGUCCAUGGGUUGGAGGAUGUUUGCGGUCGGUGGCUAAUAAAUUUGAGAGAAUUGUACUUGAGCGAUAUGGUAGCCGUCACGGAUGCGUGCAUAGAAGCUAUCGGUAAUAGUAAAAAAAGCCUGGUCCGCUUGGAAUGUGAAAAUUGUGAAAGAAUCACAAACGUCAGUGCGUUGGGAAACGUCAAGACAUUGAAGGUAUUGUUGCUCAAUCACUCCAAGAACAUCGCAGAAGGAGUUUCUAAUAUCUUCGAAAUAUCGGAGCUUCAAGACUUAGGCUUCCGUGGUUUUGCUAAAAUUACGCAAGUAAAUUUGAUGCCGUGGCAGCGUUGUGCGAGUUUAACAACCCUUGAUCUCUCUGGAUGCAAAAAAGUAACGAACUUGAAUCUGGGUGGGGAGUGUAGAAAACUCGUGUGCCUUAAGCUUUCAGAGUGUCCGCAGCUGCGGGAAGUGGAUAUCACCGGGUGUGAAAGUUUGACUGCACUAAAUAUUUCCGGACGUUGGCAUCUUAAAGUUGUGAAAUUGAAUGGAUGCAAGGAGUUGAAGUCGAUUGAUCUUUCCGUGUGUCCGCACCUUGAAGACGUAUAUGGAGUAUGCGACUGCAAAAACUUGGAAAUUUUUAACCUUUGUUUUUGUUCACGACUCACAAAAUUGGAACUGGUUGAGCUUGAAAAGUUAAAAAUGUUGAAUCUUUGCGGGUGUAAGGACCUUGAAGAUAUCGGAAGUCCAAGCAGGUGGGGCAAAAACUUGGUGGAGCUUAAUGUUUCAAUGUGCCGGAAGCUUAACUACAUGGAUUUAAGCGGAAGAGUGAAGCUGGAGAAACUUAACCUUUCUCAAUGCGACAGCCUUGUAGAGGUGAAUUUAAGUGGGUGCCAAAACCUCUCUUCUUUACUUGAUCUUUCAAACAGCAGGGAGCUCGAAAUCUUGAAUUUGUGCAACUGUGGGGAGUUGCCGGCGCUUAACGUUGACGGAUGCGUGAAUCUGCAAAUACUGAUUCUGAGCGGAUGCCGCAGUCUGUCGACCAUGAAACUUUCCGAAUGCAACAACCUCAGGGAGACAGAUUUUAGCGGCUGUGCGAAGUUGUCGGCUAUCAAACUUUCCAGUAGAAGGGGGAUAAAGUUAGUUAAAUUGGACGGUUGUAUAGAUUUGAUGUCUCUGGAUUUGUCAGAGUGUGUGAGCCUUAAGGAUUUGAUUGGAGUAAGUGGCUGUACCCAACUCAAGUCACUCAAUCUCUCAGGUUGCAGCAGGCUCGCUGAUGUCGCCGCACUAAAGGACCUCAAGGGGCUGGUGAGGCUCAACCUUUCCAGGUUGGUGGAGGUUGUGGACCUGAGCAUGCUGACUGGGCACGAGGAUCUGGAGGAGCUCAACCUAUCUCAAUGUAACGCACUUGCCGAUAUAAGCGGACUGAAGGGCGAAUGCUCGACAAAACUGAUAUCUUUGAAUGUAUCAUGGUGCAGGAGCCUUUCGGCUAUCUGUGUGCUGAGUGAGUGUUGCCGUAAUUUGACCACGCUGGAUAUUUCAGGUUGCUGGAACCUCGAUGAUAUGAGCGUGUUGGGGUCGUUAAAGAGCUUGAGUGUUCUUAAUCUUUCUUGGUGCAGUCAACUGACCGACAUAAAUAUGUUAGCGGGUUUGAACUGCUUGGCUGUUCUUAACCUUUCUUGGUGCAAUCAGCUGGUUGAUGCGAGUGUAGUGAGCGAGUUGGAAAGUAUAGCCAUUCUUAACCUUUCAUAUUGUUGUGAAUUAGCGCGUUUAAAUUUGAGCGGAUGCAUAAAACUAAAGUGCCUUGAUAUCUGUGGAUGCGUAUCCCUCAAACAUUUAACUGGAUUACGCAAGUGCACGAAUUUAGAAUCACUCUUCGCUUGCGGAUAUCGCGACGCGGCAGAAGACGUUCGUGACGAGUUCCUGAACAUUCCAUGCUCCGCUACGUUACAUAUCGAUGAAAGCACGGACCGGGAGGUAAUACAGGAACUCAUGGGUUGGGGUGUUAGAGUCAAAACAAUCUGA